GAAGAAACCACGUGUGGUUGUGGUAUUAAUUCCCUCGGUUUUUGAGCUGUUAAAAAUUUACUCUCAUGGUUUAAUUAGUUCAAAAUGCCGACACCCGACAAAAUUCUUUUAAGGAAAAUUAAGAAACGGGAAAAAAAUAAAUUAAAGUUAGCCGAGAAAAAAUCAAGCGUGCCAGAGACCACAUCCAAGCCAGAGCCAAUUAAAGAUGUAAAGAAAAGGCUACAUGAAAACAAUGUUCCUGAAAACAUAGCAAAAAGUAAGUGCUUAAAGAAGAAGGUCAAACAAGAACCAGUGGAAGUAAAAGAAAAAAGCACAGACAAUGAGGAUGGAAAUGAGAGUGAUGACAAGGAUGAGAAGGAACCAAUUGAGGACAAGCCAGAUCCAGAUUCCAGCCAGUUACCAGGAUCCAGCUUAUGCCUUGGCAUUUUAUCAAGUCAAAAAUUCUCUGCACUAGAGGACAAAGUCUGUGAGGCAACACUCAUGGGAGUAAAAGAUAUGGGUUUCACAACCAUGACGGAGAUUCAAGCUAAGGCCAUACCGCCUUUGCUUGAAGGCAGAGAUCUUGUAGGAGCAGCCAGGACAGGCUCUGGAAAGACUUUGGCUUUUCUAAUACCAGCUAUUGACCUUAUCUACAAGUUGCAGUUCAAGCCAAGAAAUGGUACAGGAGUCAUAAUUCUAUCACCAACAAGAGAGUUAUCUAUGCAAACUUUUGGUGUAUUGAUGGAGUUAAUGAAAUAUCAUCACCACACCUAUGGGCUGGUCAUGGGUGGUGCUAACAGAAGUACAGAAGCCCAGAAAUUAGCUAAAGGUAUCAACAUUUUGGUAGCCACUCCAGGUAGACUGCUAGACCAUUUGCAGAACACUCCAGACUUCUUGUACAAAAACCUACAGUGCCUAGUUAUUGAUGAAGCAGACAGGAUACUUGAGAUUGGAUUUGAGGAAGAAGUGAAACAAAUCAUAAAGUUGUUGCCCAAACGCCGACAGACCAUGUUGUUCAGCGCCACGCAAACAAAGAAGACGGAGUCGUUGACAGCCCUGGCCGUAAAACACGAGCCUGUGUAUGUAGGAGUCGAUGACCACAGGGAGCAAGCGACUGUGGAUAGUUUGGAGCAAGGUUACAUAGUUUGCCCGUCAGAAAAGCGCAUGAUGGUCCUAUUCACAUUCCUCAAAAAAAACAGAAAGAAGAAGGUGAUGGUGUUCCUGUCCACCUGCAUGUCGGUGAAGUACCAUCACGAACUGUUCAACUACAUCGACCUGCCAGUCAUGUCUAUACAUGGUAAACAACAACAGACAAAGCGAACUACAACCUUCUUCCAGUUCUGUAACGCCGAAAGUGGUAUUCUGCUUUGCACAGAUGUGGCGGCCAGGGGACUGGACAUACCAGCUGUCGAUUGGAUUGUCCAAUAUGAUCCACCUGAUGAUCCUAAGGAAUACAUUCACCGUGUGGGCAGAACGGCGCGCGGACUCGGUACCAGCGGUCACGCGCUGCUGUUCCUGCGGCCCGAGGAGCUCGGCUUCCUCCGCUUCCUGAAGCAGUCCAAGGUCACCCUCAACGAGUUCGAGUUCUCGUGGAACAAAGUCGCCGAUAUACAGCUGCAGCUGGAAAAACUAAUAUCGAGAAAUUACUUCCUCAAUCAGUCCGCCAAGGAAGCAUUCAAGAGCUAUCUGAGGGCGUACGACUCGCAUCACCUGAAAACCAUAUUCGACAUCGACACUAUUGACAUGGCUAAAGUAUCAAAAUCAUUCGGAUUUACUGUACCGCCCGCAGUUGAACUCAAAGUCGAGAAGAAAGGGCCUCCGACUAAGCGAAAGGGAGGAGGCGGGUAUGGAUACUUCAAGUCGCUGAAUGCUCCGACGAGUCAAAAGAAUAAGGCAGAGAAAACGAAAAUCUACCGACAGAAAGGCGGUAACAAGAGACCAGUGAGCUGAAAUGUAUUUUAAGUUAUAAUAAAACAUUAUAAUUUACA